AUGACAGCCCAGCUCGCGGCCAGAGUUCCGCAAGUCAUAGUCAGAGCGGCGCGAGGAGGCUGUGCUGGAAUCCGCGUGACCUCGGUCUGCAGGGCAGCCAAUCAGGAGGCGCCUUACCUGAGCCCCAGGUAAGACCGCGCGGCUCGGGCUCUAACUCCGGCUGUGGGAUCCACCAAUCAGCGCACUGUAUUCUGCUGAGUGACAGCUCUCUGACCAAUCAUCUGUUACAGUGGUCCCUCCCACCUGCCCUGGCAGAGGGAUCAGACUCCAUCAUGGGGGGGAACAGAGGGAAGGGCCUCCCAUGAGGGGGAGGGGGUGGGGUAAAUGUAUUGACCUUUGGUGUGGUAUAAAGUGAUUUUAUUUUACUCCUUAAAGGGACACUACAGGCACCCAGACCCCUUCAGCUUAAAAGAAUCAAUGAACACCCAAUGUACAGCGCUACAGAAUGUGAUGGCGCUAUAUAAAUAAUACAAUAAUAAUAAUUCACGCCCCUGCAGUCUCACUCAUUGGCUCUCUUCCAUGUCGGAGUUAAAUAAUUUGUGUUUCUGUUUAUGUUGUCCUAGCCUCGCCUUCCCUGACUGUGACUCACCCAGCGGCAUGAAAAGCAUUGCUAAAAGGGACACUCCACAAACCUGAAGCAGUCUAGCUUGCUGGACCACUUUGUGUGUCCUCUGGUUUUCAUUUUAGAAAAAAAUGUAGAUUUCAAUAGAAUGAACCUGGUUAUACCACUCCCCCCCAGCUGCCAGUCAGAAAUCUGAUCCUGUCACUUCCUGGUUUGGUUAGCUCAGUGUUACUUCCUGGUUUGUUUCACUCAGUGGAGAUAAACUCAAGAGGCAGCAGUUUCCCAGAGCACCUUCCUUGCAAAGACUUCUCAUUGAGCUGCCGUGAUUGGACAGACACCUGAAACCUGGGAGGUGGGCACUGAUUUCUAUUUAUUUUAUAAAUAAUUUGAUGUGGCAGUAUGGAGAUUGUACAUCCUGCUGGGUCAUACAAUUCAUGUCAGAGAUUGAUCCUAGGAUAUAGCUAGAAUGUGCAGCCACGUAGGGAGAAUCAGAACGUGUCACCUUUCAUUAUUUGGAUUCUGCAAUGAUGAUUUAUAUCGGGGGUUUCUAGACUAAUUACAAAAUGCCGUUUCCCCAGAAUGUGUGUAUUUAGGGCUUCACCUGUAUGGUGCUCCAGUGCUGAAAUUCUCGCAGUAUGAAUGACAGAAACAUUAAUAGGGCUUCUGUCAUCCCAACGCCAUCUAUCAGAUCAACGUUUCAACCCACCUGUGUCCAGCAAUAAGUGAUGCAUUGCAACCACAAAUAUAUACCGUGACUUUAUCCCCCUGACCCCAAUGCGGAGUGACUGCCCCCUAGUGUUGGUAUGGCAUGCCAUCGCCUCAGGCCCGAGCAAGUGAUCGCUGCUUUCAACCAUUGAGUUUAGGUAAAAUUAGCUUAGCAGGAAAUAUGGUAGGAACGGAUAACUGAGCUGGAUUACCCUAUGCCAUUGUUUGGUAAUAAAUAAAACCGUAUUGUGUGCUGGAACAGAGCAUGUGAUAGCUGUGUGUGCAGGGUAACAUUAUUUAUUUUAGGCCCCUCCGGUCAGCCUGGCACCCAGCCUUUCUUCAAUAAAAGCAUUGGUAAACUGCAGGUCGUUAAUUCAUUAUAUAAAUGAUAUAAGACUUCGUGUGAAGUGCCUGGGCAUAAACGAAUGUUGUUAUACCAUAAGCUUGCCAUUGUCACUGAUUAUUUAUAGAAGAUCUUAUACACCUUUGAAAUAUGUUUUUGUGCCGGUACCAAGCAAGAACUGGGCAGACUGGCGCUUCUUAAAGGCAAACGAAUUGUAUGUUUAUAAUGUUACUGUGUAACGUCAUAUCGUAGCUGGAGUGAUCGCUAGACAUGUGCAUGUAUAUUGUAGGAGCAGAGUCGGCUGCUUGGCCGUGUGGAUGUGGCGGGGCCUGACAUGCGCAGUUACUACAGUCACCAUCACCGCUGCGCUAGCUGCCAUGGGAAGGUGCGGACGUCUUGGCAGUCACUUGCUGAUGCUCUCCUGCCCCAAUUGCUUAACAUCUGGCUUUAUAAAUGUGUUGCCCUGCUGUGUUUAAUAAGAAUACUAAAACUAAGAUGUGUGUUUCUGUUUGGACACACUGUAAGAUAACUCAUCUAUAAAAGAAGCCGGAAGCUCCUGUCUACCAUAACUGCACCAGAAUUUACUUUAUAUCUGUCUUGUUGCUCACUCAUGCUCCGUGUUAAUGAUUAAAUUAAUCAUGUGUUGGAGAUUAAUGCUUAAUUAAGGCUGAAAUCGAGCCUCCGCGGACUGCUUAGGCCCUGUCUGUAGCAUGUGUGCUUUCUGUGUUAUUUUGACCCUUUCUGUUCCCCGUAUGUGUGACAUAUUAAUGAUUGUAAUGAGAGUAAGAGUGUCCCAUUUUAUCCCACCCCCUGCAGCAUCCUGUCCUCUUAUUGGUUCCAUAAAUCCAAUUCCUCCAUGGCUGCGCAUGUCAAGGCGUUAACGUCUCCAUACCCAGGAUCCCAGGUUAAUCGGUGGCCAGUCCCUUCAGAAAAGGUCAGCUGGUCCAUAGAAUGGCCAGAGUAUAAACCUGUUGAGUACACUGCCCCCUCUGUGCUCGCUCAGCCCCCCUGGGCAGACCCUCCACUCAGGUGAGAGACAUUCUUUGCUGCAGUCUCUCUGUUUCCAUGUUCCUUGUGAGUUCUACCUUUGCCCCACUCUACCUAUGCCCUCGUCGUGCGCCCAGUGUUUUAUACAUACCCACCUUUUUUAUAUCCUCAUUCUGUAUCCACCUUUCAAAAUCUGCAGAAAGUAAACCCCCUUCAAAUACCUCUUUCUACUAACCCUUCUAUAUCUUUAUUUCUCUAUUGCCUGCUCUUUAUAGCCCUAUCCCAUGCCCACUUUUGUACAUUAUAAUUUUAGUUAUACUGUAUUUUAACCCCAUUUGUACCGUUCUGAAUCUUCACCCUGUAGCCAUCUUUGUACAUAUUCACUUUGUAAUUACCAUUCCAUAUUCUCAGUACUUAUUUUUAAUUUCCUUAUUCCGAAUCCCCCUUUCCCACCCUGUGCCCAUCUUUGUAUAUUGGGACCUCCCUUCUAAUUCCUCAUCCUGAGCCAUUUGUCAAUAUUCUCCGCAGUGAUGGCAAGUUCUCUCCACAAUUCAAUACCCUUGAUGGAAAGGUGCAGAGAGAGAGUUUAGAAGGAACAUAUCACACAGAGAAUGGGACGCCACGGUGAGUGUAGACAAAACAGGGCUCUGGCUUUUACCCUGAUCUGUGUAAUAUGUGUUGCUUUGUGUUUCGUAGGAACCCUGCAGGGCGUACAGGGAUAAUAGGAAGGGGUCUACUGGGAAGAUGGGGACCCAACCACGCAGCUGACCCCAUCAUAACAAGGUGUGGCCACUAGUUGUUUACAUACUCCCUGUCCAGUCUGCCACUCCAUUCGUCCUCCAUAACGCUCUUGUACUUUAGGUGGAAGCGUGAUGCCGCUGGUCAGAGAGUUACCGACCCUGGCUCUGGCAAGCCCGUCCUCCAGUUUGUAGCCAUAGAGAGGAAGGACUGUGGGCAGUGGGCAAUCCCAGGGGUAAGUGAACCUAAACUCACUAUUUCCUGUGACUCUGUGCCUUAUCACCACAUGCGAUGACAGUUCUUCCAGUCCCUUGGCAUCACGCUAAGUCUGUCCGCCAUCCGUCUGUCUGUCUCCCUUUCUUCUAUACAAUGUUAGAACUGCUUUAUGUAGCCACCAGCUAAUGCCAAGUAAUAUAGGUUCAGUUUAACAAACCCAUACAACACGCUGCUCUGAUAUAAAUGGAUAUGUCUGUACACACGCUGCUCUGAUAGAACUGGAUAUGUCUGUACACACGCUGCUCUGAUAGAACUGGAUAUGUCUGUACACACGCUGCUCUGAUAGAACUGGGUAUGUCUGUAAACACGCUGCUCUGAUAGAACUGGGUAUGUCUGUACACACGCUGCUCUGAUAGAACUGGGUAUGUCUGUACACACGCUGCUCUGAUAGAACUGGGUAUGUCUGUACACACGCUGCUCUGAUAGAACUGGGUAUGUCUGUAUACACGCUGCUGUGAUAGAACUGGAUAUGUCUGUACAAACGCUGCUCUGAUAGAACUGGAUAUGUCCAUAUACACACACUGCAUAGGUCUUGGUGCAUUCACAGCCUGAGCUGUGUGUUUCCUAUCUCUCAGGGCAUGGUGGAUCCCGGUGAGCUGGUGACAGCUACACUUCGCAGGGAAUUCUGCGAGGAGGCUCUCAACUCUCUGGAGAAAGAAGGAGACGAGAAAGAGACAGAGGACAAAAUCCAGACUCUAUUCUCUCAGAAACCUUUACCGGUAGGAAGUGCAAUAUUAUCCUAUAUGUACGAUCUGACAGAUUAAUAUCCAAAAUAUCGCUCCUCACUUCAUUCAGGCAGUGUGUUAAGAUUAGCCACAGAAACACAUUUUAACAAAAAGGAACAGUGCAGUUUAAGAAUUGUACCAGUAUCCAAAUGUAUACAAACAGAUUGGUUUACAUUUUAGCCAUCCAGAACUGUUUACAUUUAAAGGGUGCAGCUUGCUCAAACACGUUGUUCAAGUCUGUCCAUCUAUAUGCUCACUUGAACUGGCAAAUAGAUUGUGUCCCAGGCACGCUGAGACUUGUGAUCACAUCAGAGCAAUCCAUCUGUUUCUAUAACGAUGGUCCGUAUGUGGGAUCGCUUGUCAUGUUUUCCCGGUGACUGUAUUCCCAGCCCAGCAACGUGGGAGCUAACCAGAAACGUGAUUUUCUCAAGAUAGUUGUAGGACAAUAGAUUGCACUGCUCCUCGCCAGCUAUAACCGAAACUAAGCACCGCUUGUCAGCAUUCCUUUAUAUUUGUUUUGUUACUGAGUUCACCCCUUGUUCUCACUUCAGUUUUGGUUUUAUUUAAAAAAGAAGCUGUACUUUAAUCAUCUCCCUCUUUAGUUUUAUCCCCGGUAUAAGAGAUGUCCCCAGGAAACCUACCGAUUCCUAUAAGGCAGGUUUCCCUGCUAUGUUAUGUGUAACCCGUGCGCAGCUGUGACUGAUCAGAGAACAUGCCAGAUAUCCACUACCCUCCAUUAUGUGUCCUCUGUCACAGGUGUAUAAAGGCUAUGUAGAUGAUCCCCGUAACACGGAUAAUUCGUGGAUGGAGACGCAGGCUGUUAAUUAUCACGAUGAAACAGGUGAGGCACGGAGCAAAGUCUAACUAAUUCUUCCAUUUUUUUGUUGCUAUGAUUGUACUCCCUAACGUGUCUUUGUCUGUGUCCCCCGAAAGGUGACUUGCUGGACUUGCUGCCGCUCCAGGCUGGUGACGAUGCUGGGAAGGUGCAGUGGGUGGAUGUAAGCAGUAGUUGCAGCCUGUAUGCCAGUCAUUCCAAUUUUAUCAAGCUGGUAGCAGAGAAGCAUGAUGCCAACUGGUAG